GGCGUAGCAACAGUUUUGUUUGUUUGCCGUCCGGGCGCGUCGUUUGAGAAAAUGAGGAACCUUACGGUAAAUUCAACUUGUCCAUUGAAGGACAACUCAUCGUGCAGCGGCUUGAUUCUUCCUCUCAUUCCUCGGACUGAGAAACAGUGGCCGGUCGGUUUGGCGGCAACAUUGUACUGUCUCGCGCUUAUAUACAGCUUCCUAGCUGUAUCUGCUAUUGCGGACAUCUUCAUGUGUGCUAUAGAAUUCAUCACUAGUCGAACGAAAUCCAUCAAAGUGACCAAACAAGGUCACGUGCAAGAGGUCCAAGUGAAGGUCUGGAACCCCACUAUUGCCAAUCUCAGUCUAAUGGCUCUGGGGUCUUCGGCACCUGAGAUUUUGUUGUCUGUUAUUGAGAUAGUCGGUAAUGAUUUUGAGGCUGGGGAUUUGGGACCGAGUACGAUCGUUGGAUCUGCUGCCUUCAAUCUCCUCAUUAUAACUGCUGUAUGUAUGGUGUCUGUCCCGAGUGGAGAAGUGAGGCGUAUCAAAGAAAUCAAAGUGUUUGUUGUCACGGCUUUAUUUUCUGUGUUCGCGUAUGUCUGGUUGUAUAUUACACUGAAAGUGUCGUCUCCUGAUGAGGUCGAGCUCUGGGAGGCUUUCAUUACUUUAUUUCUUUUCGUGGUGUUGCUGGUGACGGCGUAUGCUGCUGACAAACACUUCUGGAUGAAAAAAGUUGCUCCAGAGUCUUUCGCAAAUAAUGGCAUUGGCAACUCCACACAUCUUAAUCCAGUGGAAAUUGAUAGACUUCUUGAUGGAAGGUCUCAAGACGAGUUGACUCCUGAGGAGGCAUCCACUCUGGCUUUGAGACAAAUUGCCAGUCAUAAAGAAAAGUCUCAUUUGUGGUAUCGUGUAAAUUCUAUACGAUAUAUGGUUGGUGGGCGGCGUUUAAUCCCGGAGCUGCCUAUCACGAGCAUUGAGGAAGAUACUAAAGAAAAUGUGUCUCGACGCCGUUCUUUGGAACUCAAUCAUCUUGUGACGUCUGAUAAAGCUGUUGUUCAGUUUUCUGCUUUUACGUAUUCAGUUUAUGAAAAGGAAAAGAAAGUGGUCAUAGGUCUUGUAAGACAAGGGAGAAUGGAUGUUACAGCUACUGUAAGAUUUCAUACUACAGAUGGUACAGCUCUAGCAGGUCAAGACUACUGUGCUUCCCGCGGACAAGUCGUCUUCUUACCCAAUCAGACACACCAGACAAUCGAAAUCCCUAUUAUUGAUGACGAAAUACCAGAGAGCGACGAAGUCUUCUUCAUCAAGUUGUGCGAACCCGAUCAUAUGACAGCAAUAGGAUCCAUUUAUGUUGCUGAAGUGACAAUACUAGACGAUGACAGUCCGGGAACUCUUCAGUUUUCUCAAGCAUCCUACAGCUUUGUAGAGAGUGCCGGUCAUGCACAACUGACCGUGUCUCGCAUUCAAGGAACAGACGGUGAAGUGUUUGUGGACUGGUCAACGAGAGAUGGGUCAGCGGUCGCAGGCAAGGACUACGUGACGAGCAACGGUACCUUGAACUUCAAACAUGGCGAAUCAAUGAAGAGUAUUUCUAUUGGAUUGAUUGAUGACAAAACGUUCGAGAAAGACGAGGUUUUCUACGUCGAUUUGUCUAAGGCGACCGGCGGGGCGAAGCUGGGGAGAACAAAGACGUGUUUGGUGACUAUAGUGGACGAUGAUGAAUACAAGACGUGGGCUGAUGCGGUAGUUCGGUUGACCGGCUUGAACAUGCAUCUUGUCGAGAUGGGAGCAAGCACUUGGGGCCAGCAGUUUCACGAGGCCAUGACCGUCAACGGCGGGGACGUCGAAUCAGCUACAUUCAUGGACUACGUAAUGCACUUCCUAACUUUCGCAUUCAAGGUACUGUUUGCGUUUGUGCCUCCGGUAUCUUUUGGUUUCGGCUGGCCCGCAUUUAUCGUUUCUCUCUGUUUUAUUGGCAUACUGACGGCAAUCAUUGGCGACUUGGCGAAUAUCUUUGGCUGUUUUGUGGGCAUCGAGCCGUCCGUUACGGCAAUAACUUUCGUCGCGAUUGGUACAAGUUUGCCAGACCUUUUUGCCAGCCGCACGGCAGCCCUUUCGGCCCCAUAUGCGGACGCAGCGAUAGGAAACGUUACCGGAAGCAACUCUGUCAACGUGUUUCUCGGACUCGGAGUUUCAUGGCUCUUGGCAGCUUCCUAUUGGCUAGCGAAGGACGAGCCGUUUGUUGUUCCUUCUGGUACCUUGGCGUUCAGCGUCAUUAGCUACAUUGUUGUGGCGGUUGUGUGCAUUGGUAUGCUGUUUGCGCGGAGAUACAUUGCGUUUUUGGGUAUGGCAGAAUUGGGGGGACCGCAAAAGGUGAAGUACAUCUCGGCUGCUAUUCUUGUGGUGCUGUGGAUUCUGUAUGUUACUUUGGCUUCGUUGAAGGCCUACUGCGUUAUCUAACUAAAUCAUGCGUAACUACGUUUGCUCAGUCCGGUCAGUAUU